UCUUAGUUUUUAUUUCUCAUACAUGUAAUUAUCAUGAUGCUAUGAAUACGUGCACCAAAUUUCCAAAACAGCACAAGAUUACUCAACCUGCAUUCACAUUUCUCACUCCACUCACUUUCAUUUCAUCCAUAUGGCCACCGCUGAACUACCUCAAAACGGCACCACCACCACCACUACAAACACCUCAAACCCACUCCUACCGGACAAUUCCACCGCCGUUCAACCACUCACCACCGACGCAGAUUCCGUUAACACCGCCCAAGCCACCAAUGAAUUGACUCAGGAGCCAGAAACGGCAACCCACACCGGAACAGAUACCAAUUCCACCGCCGCAGUAUCUACCGCAACUCCGCCGGAGAAGAAAUGGCCAGGUUGGCCUGGAGACUGCGUGUUCCGUCUCGUAGUUCCUGUUAGUAAGGUUGGUAGCAUCAUUGGUCGAAAGGGCGAACUCAUCAAGAAGUUGUGUGAUGAAACUAAAGCUCGUGUUCGCGUUCUUGAUGCUCCUAUUGGUACUCCUGAUCGAAUUGUACUUAUAUCAGGGAAGGAAGAGCCAGAGGCAGCUAUUUCCCCUGCAAUGGAUGCUGCACUAAGGAUAUUCAAACGGGUAUCUGGACUAUCCGAAACUGACAGUGAGUUUAAAGGAUCUGCUGGGACAUUUUGUUCCUUCCGAUUAUUGGUGGCAUCAACACAGGCUAUCAGUUUGAUUGGAAAGCAAGGAUCACUAAUCAAAUCCAUACAGGAGAGUUCUGGUGCUUCUGUUAGAGUAUUGUCAGGAGAUGAGGUGCAACGAUAUGCUACUGCGGAAGAGAGGAUUGUAGACAUGCAGGGAGAAGCCUUGAAGGUCCUUAAAGCUUUCGAAGUCGUGAUUGGCCAUCUUAGGAAGUUUUUGGUUGACCGCAGCGUUCUUCCCCAAUUUGAGAAAACUUACAAUGCGUCUAUUUCAUCACAAGACCGUCAAGCAGAGACCUGGUCUGACAAGCCAUCAUUGAAUACUACUUCACAAAAUAGCAUGUUCUCUGAUAGGGACUCUAUCUUUGCUGAUCGUGAAAGUCAUUUGGACUCAUUACUUGCAUCUUCCACUAUGUCUCACUCUCUCUAUGGGCAAGAUUCUUCACUUUCUGGUCGUCGUUCUUCAUCUCUUAGUCGUGCUGGCGCUCCCAUUGUUACUACAAUAAUACAAACAAUGCAAAUUCCACUAUCCUAUGCGGAGGACAUCAUUGGUAUCCAAGGGAAUAAUAUUGAUUAUAUUCGCCGCACUAGUGGAGCCAUAUUGACUGUGCAGGAGAGCAGGGUGCCUGAUGAAAUUGUUGUGGAAAUAAAAGGCACCUCGUCUCAGGUUCAAAUGGCACAACAAUUGAUUCAGGAAGUUAUAAGGAAUCACAGAGAAUCUAUGACCAACAGCUACGGGAGAUUGGAUGCGGGUGUGAGGGCUUCAUAUUCGCAGUCAUCAUACUCUCAAUUGGGGAAUACAUCACGCAUCCCACCUUCUUCAUUGUCCUCACAACCACCAUACACAGGUUAUGGAGUGUCAGGUUUAGAAGAUUAUAGUACUUUCAGGCUUUAAGUUUGUCUCUCUAUGGUCAAGUUUACUCCAUUUGGAACUAGUUUCUUUCUUUCUAAAUGGGGUCUUAUUAUAGAGAAUUAACGCGAUGAAGCCUCCUUAAACUCACGUUUUUGUGUUAUCUGAUAUCUUGCAUGGUGGGUAAUUUUUGAGGUGGCAAAUAGUUGAGAAUUGCAGUAGAAAAUGUAAUGAAAUAUUAGGCAUUUUAACGUUUUUGUUGUCUAACAUGUGAAGUUUGAUUUUCGAAUAUUUGCAAUACAUACUUUCUUGGCACUA